AUGAUUUCAGCCCCACCCGAAUUCUCCGAUGGUGUGCAAACCAGAUUCCGAGUACCGAUCGGUACGAAACAGUUCAGACUGAUAUGCCCCGUAAAAACGCUCGAUUCCAGUUUAGUAAUGAUACAGUGGAAAAAAGACGAUGAACAAUUAAGUUUCGACUUCAACAACCGUUACAAACUGAGUAGAGGAGAUCGUGAGUUGAAAAUUCGCAAUCCACAAAUACCAGAUAGCGGCACCUAUCAAUGUCAAGCGAUCAACGGCUUUGGACAUCGAGAAUUGGAUUUCAUCGUGCAUGUCUAUGAUCCGUUAAACGACAAGAAAUACCUUCUCGAUGAAAUGAUUACACUUGCUGAUCGCUCAUCUCCACCAAAAUGGUUAAAUGAGAGUGAAAUGCGUAAUUCAAUGUUAGCACCAUUACGUUUACCGAUCGGUGGACGUCUUCAGUUGAAAUGUCCUGCAAGUGGAAAUCCUUUGCCGCACAUAAUAUGGCUACGAAACGAUAAACCGAUCGAACGUGACGAGAUAACAUUUGAACAUUCGUCUGCGUUAUUGACACUGAACAAUUUGAAAAUAAGUGAUUCUGGUGAAUAUAUUUGUCGUGUGGAGAACGAGCAUGGCUUGGUGGAGGCCACAUUCCGCGUUCGAGUUGGCGAUUUCUUCAAUUCAGCAGUUGGAAAUGACGACGAAAAUCGAUUGCUGUUACAUACUCCUAGUGAUGAUCCAGCGUCGAUUCGACGUGCUGAUGCGAAUGCAACAUUGAUACACGCGAAUGAUAUGCACCUAUUGCUUAUCGAAGAGACGCAAACGAAUACACAAUUGAACGAAGGUAUUUACGCCAAUCGUUUAGUGAUUCCGAACGCAAAUAUCCAACAUGCUGGUACUUAUAUUUGCGUAGUGACGAACGCUGAUGGUGAUAUUGUUUAUCGAUCCGCACAUUUGAAUAUUAUCACUGGCAACGAAAGCAGUUUUCAAAUCUCAAGCAUUUAUUUCUAUGCUGGUGUACCGAUCACUGCACUCAUUGUGUGCGCUAUCGGUUACGCAAUCUAUUUCCUGUACCGUACUCAGCAAAAUACAGCAAUGAAAGACUGCAUUAGUGGUCACUCAUCAAACACGAUCAAUAUUCGUCAAGCCAGCACCGCAUUAGUUGGUACUAUCAACAACAACACUAAAUCAUCACUCAAUAACAAUUGUAGUAAUAUGAAUGAUAAUGAAAAUAUCACCAUCAAUAAUAAAAACGGCAUUCAAAGUACUGUUAAUACUAAUCAGAAAAUUCGAUCACUCCGUCCUCCACCCCCCAACAUGCCGCCCCCUCAAGCGCCAGCACCUUUAUCACCGUAUACAGCAUUACCACAACAACCGCAUCAACAGCAACAUAGCCAAGUGAAUUUGGCCACAAGUCCACGGUAUCCUCUGUUGGUCGGACAAGACUUCAUCGGUGCACAUUCAGCGCACCAUCGCCCAUUCUUGAACGUGUCGACACCAAUCGAACGCGAUAGUAGGUUUCGAAAAGCGAAUCAAUAUCAGCGUCACCCGACGUUACAUUAUCGAACGUAUGCAGACGAUGAAUCGAGUAAUUUCUACGAGGCAUCCUCACCACAGCCACCUUAUUGCUGGUCAUCUGAGCAAAAAGUUGCAGGAGCAGCAGCAGGAGCCCAAUUCACGAGUGCAACCGACAUGAUGCUACAUUGUAAUUUCGAUGCUGAUCCCAUCCAGUAUCGCUUACAAUCAUAUGCCUAUGCCAGUAACAAUAGUAAUAACAAUACUGCUCGUUUUGAUCAUCAUUUCAGUGAACAGCAAUUACCGUUUAUAACACACAACGUGCAAAGGAGGUGA